UGGGAGAUCGUCGAUAGAAGGCUGCGGUGAACAAGCUGUUCCGGUACUUAACCAUGUUGCCUCCUUGACCUUCACACAUCUGACCUGACGGGCCGAUUACAGCACUGAGCAGACACUUGAACUUUACACAAGUCAACGAGACCUCUCGCGUCGAGUGUCUGGUAGCAAUGGCGUCUUCGCGGCUCAAGUUAAUACAGUCUGGAUCAAUCAUCCAGCGAGUCUGCGGCCACUCGUCAACAUCAUCAUGGCUUCGCACAAUCAAUUUUCAUACACGCAGGAGAGAACUGACAUCAGCGACAUUACUUUCUGUUCGCUACCGACCGCAAGCUAUGCAGCUUAUCAACUUAAACCAGGCCAAACUUCUUCGAUCAAGUACACCAGCAUUUUCUAAUCUCAUGGUCAAAUGCUCAAGCAUAACAACCACUACAACUUCGAUCCAGCUUGCACCAACCCUCCCAGUAUAUAGCCCGCCCACAACAGGCCUCAUCUCCUACCUCCCCAGAAAGGCCGUUCCAUACGCCGAACUCAUGCGCCUCGACAAACCCACAGGAACGUACUACCUCUUCUUCCCAUGUCUCUUCAGCACGCUCCUCGCCGCCACAAUGGCUGUCCCUAUAGCCGCCCCCACCACAGUUAUCAGCACUACCGCCCUCUUUCUGACUGGUGCCCUUGUAAUGCGUGGCGCAGGCUGCACCAUCAACGACCUCUGGGACCGCAACCUUGACCCACACGUUGCCAGGACUCGACUGCGUCCCAUUGCCAGACGAGCCGUCACACCACAGCAAGCCAUUGUGUUUCUCGGCGGGCAGUUGACGACAGGCCUAGGCGUGUUGUUGAGUCUACCGUGGGAAUGUUUCUGGUAUGCCACGCCAUCCUUACUACUCGUCACCCUAUAUCCACUUGCGAAACGAGUAACAUAUUAUCCGCAAUUCGUGCUCGGCCUCACGUUCUCCUGGGGCGCUAUACUCGGGUUCCCAGCCCUUGGUAUCAACCUUCUGGAAAACCACGUGGCGCUUACGGCAGCGGCUUGUCUGUACGGGAGCAACGUCGCUUGGACAGUGCUUUACGAUAUGAUCUACGCGCAUAUGGACAUCAAGGAUGAUAUCAAGGCAGGUAUCAAAUCCAUCGCAUUGAAACAUGACAAGGAGACAAAAAUGGUAUUGUCUGGUUUGGCGGUUGUGCAGCUCGGGCUUCUGUCUGCUACGGGAGUCGUGGCAGGCCUCGGACCGGUGUUCUUUGCGGGGUCUUGUGGAGGGGCGGCAGUCACGCUUGGGACGAUGAUAUGGCGGGUCAAGCUUAAGGAUGUUAAGAACUGCUGGUGGUGGUUUGUGAAUGGCGCGUGGUUCACUGGGGGUGCGAUUGCGGUGGGUUUGGCAGGCGAGUAUAUCAUACAUCUGUUGGGAUGGUAUGGAGAAGGGCAUGAUGAGAUGAACAAGUUGGACAUUGUCUAACUAGCCGCGUAGCCUGGUGGCCAACCCUAGGAGGCACCCGGAUGUGAUGAGAUAAAAUUAAGGGCUGUAAGCUAAGUCCUUGUAGUGGAAUUCGAUGUGUUUUGCACAGAUACUUGGAACUAUAGCUAUUCUUUGUCACCUCGGGUCAAGGUACAAUUCU